AUGGCGAAUUCCCUCCUACCGCUCGCCGUAGCGGCGACAGGCGCGUUACUAGUCUCCGCCUCCACCGUCACCGUCAUGCUUCCUCUCCUCCCCGCCACGUGGACCAAUCGCCUGCUGCCAAGCGUCGCCCUUGAAGACUUCCUUUACUACUGCAGCCUAGUGCCCAUGACAGCUGUCGUCCUUGUAUUGGCUGUGUACGGCCACUGGCUCUGCAUCAAGCUGUACAGGCACGCGUGA